CAAAGCCAAAAAGGAAGCAGAGAGGAAAGCAGGGGAGGGAGAACGAUGCAUCAGGAUCAGGGAUUUAUACCCAGCUAGCUCGCUACUCGAUCUCUGUGCGGAGUUCUUCAGCGAUGGAAGCAGGUGCAGGCGACAGGAAGGUGGUGGUUGUGGGUGGUGGCGUCGCCGGCGCCAUGCUCGCCAAGCACAUGCAGUUUGACGCCGAUGUCGUCCUCAUCGACUCGAAGGAAUACUACGAGGUCCCCUGGGCAAGGAGCAGAUCGAUGGUGGAGCCACCGUUUGCAGAGCGAUCGCUGAUCCAGCACACCGACUACCUCAGCAAUGCCAGAGUCACGGCGUCGCCCGCGAUCGACGUCACCGAGUCCGAGGUCUUGACCGCGGAGGGUCGCGCCUUUGCAUACGACUAUCUCGUCAUCGCCACCGGCCAUGUGGAUUCCACGCCAAGGAGCAGGAAGGACAGGCUCGAGCAGUUCAAGCAAGACAACAAGAGGAUAAGAUCUUCCAGCUCCGUGCUGGUCAUCGGAGGAGGCCGAACCGGCGUCGAGCUCUCUGCGGAGAUCGCGGCGGACUACCCGGAGAAGAAGGUGACGCUCGUUCACGAAGGCCCAAGACUGCUUCAAAUCCUCGGCCCGAAAGCUUCCGAGAAGGCGCUCAGAUGGCUGAAGUCGAAGGGGGUCGACGUGCUCCUGGGCCACUCCAUCGACCUGGACGCCAUCUCCGAGGGGCAGCGAUCAUUCACGACUUCCGCCGGAGCAACCAUCACCGCCGACUGUCACUUCGUGUGCGCGGGGAGGCCGCUGGGAUCCUCAUGGCUGCAGCACACCCUGCUCAAGGAUAACCUGGAUCGGUUUGGGAGGUUGAAGGUGGACGAGAACUUGAGGGUGAGAGGCCGGAAGAACGUGUUCGCCAUUGGCGACGUAGUUGAUCUUCCCGAGAUCAAACAGGGGUUCUCAGCACGCAAGCACGCUGCGGUGGCUGCCAAGAACAUGAAGCUGUUGCUGAGAGGAGGGAAGGAGGAGAAGAUGGCCGUGUACAAGCCAAGAUCAGCAGCAGCAGCAGCAGCAGCACCGGCAGUCGUUUCCUUGGGGAGGAGACAGGCAGUGGCUCAGUUUCCAUUCACCACAGUGAGUGGGUACAUCCCUGGCUUGUUCAAGUCCAAGGACUUGUACGUGGGUUGGAAUAGGAGAAAGCUGGGGCUGGAAACUGACAUUAUCUGAAUCGAUGCAACAGUUCUCUAUUCCUUCUUCCCUUUCUGCUUCUUGUUCUUGUCAUAUGCUUCUUUGUCUGUGCUUCUUGUUGUUGAGCUGCUUUCAUGAACAUUAUGUUUGGGGAAUGAAACUAAUUACACCUUUUUCAAGGAAAAUAGAAGUAUAUCUUUUUGCCGAAUCCUAUCGAUAGGAGCAGAAGGAAACAAUAGGUGAGACAUUUGUCUGCACAAGUUUUCGAGUAGGUACAAAAGAAUGCAUAAGAUUGAACUCAGAUAAGAGCAGCAAUGAAGAGGUACUGAGAAGAAGAAGCUCUACACACACAAAAGAAUCAGGCUUUAUUGAGCAAACAAGGUGCAAACUGGUUUCCAAACAUAAAUGUGUUUAGGCUAUACUGUACACACAUUUCAUGCCCUUCGAUUACAUCAUAUGACAUCAUUUUUUUUUUUGGACAACCUCUGUCUCACCUUUGAAACAAUUCAGAAAUGAACAAACGAAAAAAAAAUUGCAAGCUCAGCAAAACAACCUUUGACGACGAAAAGAACACUCCGCACGACCAAUAAAACAUGGCUCAAACAAAAGAGAAAAA